AUGGCUCGGUUGAAUGACUAUGCGGCUCCUGCCGAGUCCAUUGAGGCCUUGAAACGACGAUUUGUGCGACAAAACCGUGAGAUUGCGAGAGUGAAUUCCUUGCAAUCCCUUCGUAUUCGCAGCCUAGAAUCGGAAGUUUCGCAUCUACUUUCAGAGAAUGUGUCACUUCGAAAACAGGUCAUCAAUCUCACCCAGGAAACCGAAAGACUGGAAGCAGGGAAAAUGUUGCAAAGUGGAAUAUACGACAUUAAAUCCAAGCUAGAUGCGAAACUGGCCGAGUUGAGCAGUUUGGCGGCAGAUUUGGGAUCAUUGCCCCGCAACGUGACCAAGAUUUGUGGCGAACAGUUCGAUCGGCCAAAGCAAGCACCAGAGUCGAGGCCUAGGACAGAAGACAUGAUGGAAGGCGAAGAUGGAAGACUUCCUGCCAUUGUUGAGGAUAAAUAUUACCCUAGGCGGACUCUGGAGCCCCAAGAGCUUGACAGCCUAGUCCAAAGCGAUCACAGCAUCUUAGAUUCCCCGCCACAGUUCACCUUUAUGCCAGAGGAAGGAGAUGCACUCAUUGAAAAUUCAAGCCCAUCGCCACCAGAAUCAACAUUCAAGAAUCACUUAAACAGCGACAUACCCGAAGAACCUGAACCAAUACUUCCUCCAACCCUCGAGACACGCAAGAAGAAAAAGAAGUCGAGUUCGAUCAUUGCGCCUGAAAUUAGCCCCGCACCAAUAGACCGACAACCAAGUCCACCCAUCGAUACCACACAGCACGCACCAUUGGUUUCAACGAAGCGAAAAUACAUACCCGAAGACGAUGACCGAUUCACGUCCAACCUUAAUGCCGACGAUGACGAAUUCCAAUUCACUCGGCCCAGCCAUAGCCCAAAAAAGCAAAUGAACCCAUUCGAAGAUACACAGCGAGACCAGUCACCCGCCAAAAGUCAUGUUGACGUGACAAGAGGAUCAAAAACCCCUGUCCUGGCUAUGCGGAGGGUCCUCGAACCAAAGAGUGCAAAUUCUAAUCUAGCCUCUCCCAAGAAGGCCCGCAUGUCUUCAUACGCAGACUCUAAGCUUCUACAAAGGCCCACCAAGGGCGAUGAGAAUACCAACUCCCCACAAAAAGUCACAGAUGUUGAGAAACUCAGUGGCAAGACUAUCAACCAAAAGCCGCGUGUGUCCAAAAUCGCUCCUUCAAGCAAAGAAAAGCGCGCCAGUCGCCCUGCCCCUCCCCAGCUAGAAGAGCCAGCCCCGCGCCAGCCAGCACUAUCACCGCAUCCGAAUGUAAUGAAGACCGAGGAAGAGUCUACAACUCGGCCUUCCCGACGUCGUGGUGCUGUAGUUAGCUAUGCAGAGCCUAACCUACGGGACAAGAUGCGCCGUCCUACCAAGGAACUGAUCGAUGCUGUUGCACUUGGAUCGCGAAGGUCCUCCAGUUUCCAGACAGGACGGGACAGUUUGGACGGCGGAGAGGGUGGUCUCACCCAGUCUCAUGGCAGUCUCCCUGCUGAUUUCACUCUCGCGGCGCGGAGCUCAGAACUGUCCUCCGCGGAUGGAUCCUCCGAACAGCUACUAUCAAUGGUCUCCCGGAGAAAACGUAAGGUGUCCUCGGCACCACAGGAUGACAGCAAUGCGGGGAAUCCAAGCUCUGGCCUCCAGAAAGAGAUUGAGGAUAGUCUCGCAGACAUCUCGGCCCAAGUAUCUCAAGAACCAUUGAAUUCGAGACGUCAGCCUCGACGUCACUCGUCCAACCCCAAAAGCGCAACUGCAAACACGGCACAAUACGAGGUGGACCAGGCGGAACCACAAUCCCCAAUCGGCGACUCUCCAGAAGAUGAAGACUCAUUUGGACCGGGACCAAACGGUUCUACAAUGGACACUAGUCACGUCAAACGUGGUCAGCGCGUUGCUGCAAGGAGAAAAAGCAUGAUGGUGUGA